AAUGCAUAACCUGGCAACAAUGAAGAGAAGGAGAGCUUGGGGUGAUGAAAACCGAGCAAGCAGCUCCAAACUCUCCUACAUGGGCAGCAACCUGCAGAGCACACGACAGAGAGGCAAGGGGGAGACUAGGAAAAACCAGUUUCAGUGACCUUGGCGGAGGAUAUUUGGCAACGGGAUCCUUAACAAGGGAUAGAUGGAGUUAAGGAGAGAUGGGUUUUUCGAAGAAAUCUCAAUUCGAAGGAGGUUUAGAUUCUGACGGGAAGAAAUGGGUUAUCGCCGGGAUUUCGAUUCGGGCUUCGUUGAAACCGGUGAAGACGAAACUCAGAGCGCCGCCGGAGAAAGAAGCCGAAGUUGAAGAAGGUUGUUACAAUGAAGAGGAAGAGUGUUCGACGACACCGACAGCGAAGGAAACAAAGAUACCGGAGAUAUUGGAAUGUCCACCGGCACCGAGAAAGCGACGGCCGGUGUUGAAAUGUCGGAGUAACGCCGUUAUAGAGUUCUUUACGCCUCCUUCUGAUUUAGAGACGGUGUUUAUACGGCGCCGUUAGUGACUUUUGAGUUUUUUUUUUUUAAUAUAGUUAUCUAAUUAUAUAUUAAUUACAAGCCAUGAAAACUUUGGUUAUUAGACUUAAGAAUUUAGAUUUUGUAAUGAUUUUUCUUAAAGAGUAUUUGGAUUUUAAAUUAUAGUUUCAGUUUGUGACUUUGUUGUCGUAGCUAAGUUUUUCUUGUUAGAAAAAGAAGUUUAUUGUACACAGAUAUGAAUGAAUCUUUGAUGAUGAUAAUGCGUAGCUUCUAAAUAAGCCUUAUUCCGUAAU